AAUUAAACAUAUAUAUAUUUUUAAAUUAUAUCGUUCAAAAUUUGCCAAAAUAUCGCGAACAGAAUCGUGUAAAGAACCACAUCGUCAUUUCCGCAAAUCAUAUUCGAAAACGAAUUACCAAUUGCGACGCGAUUGAAAUGCAUCCCGUCAAACGAAGCAUUUGAAAAACAUAUUGUUGUAAACAGUUUUGUGACAAACAAACUUCGUUGUGGAGAUGCAUCCUUGUUACCUAAUAUAAAACGAAAGUGACAAAUUAUUCUGGCGAACGUCGUCGCUUAAAGUGUUGACAAAUACUUUGUGAGGUUAUGUUUUUAUCAAGUAUAAUAUUUGUUAAUUUGCGGUGAAAAACACGUGGAGGAAACGGACAGCUUCCGCGCAUGUCACUAGAAAAACGCGCGAUUAAAAAUUGACUCUAAUCAGAAAAGCACGAUUUUCUUUCCGUUUGGACCAAUGAAAAAUCAUUGAUAAGUCAGGUUAUUUUCUCUGUUCGCGACAAUUAAUCAAAGAUGGGACGUACGGUGACGGUAGCCGUUUGCACGUUGAACCAGUGGGCGAUGGAUUUCGAUGGAAACGCACGAAGAAUUUUGCAAAGUAUUCAAGAAGCCAAGGACGCUGGCGCGACGUACAGAAGCGGACCUGAACUGGAGAUUUGCGGAUACGGCUGCGAAGACCAUUUCUACGAGUCCGACACUCUGCUGCACAGCUGGGAGGUUCUCGCGAUGAUCAUCAAAUCACCGAUCGUGAAAGACAUGCUAAUCGACGUUGGUAUGCCGGUCAUGCACAAGAAUGUGACAUACAACUGUCGAGUGUCCUUCCUGAACCGACGUAUUCUGCUGAUCAGACCCAAGAUGCAGAUGUGCGACGACGGCAAUUACAGGGAAUCGAGGUGGUUUUCGCCGUGGACCAAGGAACGCACAGUGGAGGAUUAUUUUCUUCCAAGAAUGAUCUCACAAAUCACUGGUCAGACGGUGGUACCAUUUGGCGAUGCUGUUAUUUCCACCAGAGACACGUGCGUUGGUUUUGAAAUUUGCGAGGAACUGUGGAACCCAAUGAGCAAUCACAUUCCAAUGUGCUUGGAUGGCGUUGAAAUUAUUGCAAAUGGUAGUGGCUCUUACUUCCAACUCCGGAAAGGAUACGUCACCAUCGACCUCGUGAAAUCGGCCACCUUCAAGUCCGGUGGUUGUUACAUGUUCAGCAACUUACGGGGUUGCGAUGGUUCCAGAGUCUACUUCAACGGUGGAUCCUCCAUCACCCUGAACGGUCAGAUACUAAAUCGAGGCAAAGAGUUUGCCCUCAACGAAGUGUCAGUCACCGUCGCCACAUUCGAUUUGGAGGACAUAAGGAGUUACAGAAACAGCAUCAGGUCGCGUACUCAUUUGGCCGCAAAGUCACCUAGUUAUCCACGCGUCAAGGUAGACUUUGCUCUUACUUCUGAGAAUCUGAUCUCGACUCCUCCUGAUCGACCGAUAAACGUUGACGUUGGGCCUUAUGAAAACGACAAUAUAACUGGGAAGAUGGUUUAUAGUCCUGAAGAAGAGAUCGCGAUGGCGCCUGCUUGCUGGCUGUGGGAUUAUCUCAGGCGUUCUUGUCAGGGUGGAUUCUUCUUACCCUUGAGCGGUGGUGUGGACUCUGCGGCGUCUGCUUGCAUGGUGUAUUCCAUGUGUACCAUGAUUGUGGAGUCAGUGAACGAAGGAGAUGCUCAAGUGCUGUCAGACAUCAGGAAGAUAGUCGGCGAUUGCGAAUACGUACCCACUGAUCCAAAACAGCUAUGCAACACAAUAUUGGUAACCUGUUACAUGGGCUCUGAGAAUUCGUCCACCGAAACUAAGACAAGAGCUGCCGAACUCGCUAACCAGAUCGGCUCCUACCACCACAGUAUAGUCAUCGACCUUGCAGUCUCCGCUAUUCUAAAUAUCUUCCAGCAAGUCACCAAACUGACACCGAGAUUUAAGGUACAAGGAGGAUCUCCCAGGGAGAAUUUAGCUCUGCAGAAUAUACAGGCACGGUUAAGAAUGGUGAUAGCGUAUUUAUUUGCCCAACUGAUGCUGUGGGUCAGAGGACGGCCAGGUGGUUUGCUUGUACUAGGAAGUAGCAACGUUGAUGAAGCGCUUCGAGGUUAUUUCACCAAAUAUGAUUGCAGCAGCGCCGACAUCAACCCUAUAGGUGGAAUUGCAAAGAAUGAUUUAAAAGCAUUCCUCAGUUACUUCAGGAGAAAACAUGGAAUCAGUGUGUUGGAUAAAAUCUUGGAUGCCCCUCCAACUGCUGAACUAGAACCUUUACAAGCAGGACAAUUGUCGCAGCUGGAUGAAGUGGACAUGGGUAUGACGUACAAGGAACUUGGUAUCUUUGGACGCUUGAGAAAGCAGGAAUGUACUGGGCCUUUCUCCAUGUUUUGCAAACUUGUUCAUACGUGGGACAAAUGUACUCCAAAAGAGGUGGCUGACAAGGUGAAGCACUUCUAUAGAUGCUACGCGAUAAAUAGACACAAAAUGACUAUUCUCACGCCGUCCUGUCACGCGGAGACUUAUAGUCCCGACGAUAACAGAUUCGAUCAUCGACCUUUCCUAUAUAAUCAUACGUGGAAGUGGCAGUUUAACGCGAUCGACGAACAGGUGAAACUUCUCAACGAAGAAAAAUCACCAGGAGGUCGAAAGGACGCGCCCAAGGUACCUGCUAAGUUCAGAAACACACCGCCCAGCUUCGUAAUCAGUAAUAAAACACAUCCUGGAGUAGUAGUUUAACCGUAGCAGUAGCACUCUGUCUCUUAUCAUUUUGACAUUGCAGCCCAGCGAGCACGCCAAAACUAUGGAACGUUGCUAGCAGAACACCCGAGUGUACGCAGGAUUCAUUGUUCCGUCUCUUCCGCCAGAUAUUCUUUCCCAACGAAGCUCGGAUUCCGCUUUGUCACGAAGAAACUCGUCACCGGAAGAAUCGCAUGACUCGUCGAUUGUAUUAUAUUAAUGCAAUUAAUGAGCAAUUGUAAAAGUAUCGAAGAUAAACGUAUAUUUAUGCAGAGA